AUGAUCAGCGAUCAUGAAGGACAGCCACGGUCCAUGGCAUCGACGACAGAUACUACCGACUUGUCUACUUUGAAUAUUUCCCGAUCCAAUGAUGGAAGUAGUUCAGUUGAUAGAGUCAUCGAUUGGUCUCAAAUUGAGAUAGCACCUGCGAAUGAAAAUGAAAUUGAAGUUCCUGUAGCAGAAGAGAACUUGUGCUUGAUACUUGGAAUUGAUGAUAAAUUCGGGCAUCAACGAGCUAUAGCUGGAGCAGCGAUCGAAGCUUCCAUUGCAAACAUCAAUGUCAGUAUGGAUGAUAUUGACCAACAUUUACUUGCUGAUGCAGCUGUCCCUGUGCCUGACCAUAUGCCUGAAGAGAAACACUUUUGGUAUGACAAAGAGCAUCCUGUGAUAGAGGAAGGUUCCUUAUUUACUUCAAUGGAAGAGUUUAGGAUGCUAUUGAGAACAUUUGCUAUUAGAGGCAAGUUUGACAUUCAGAUACAGGAUAGUGACACUACUCGAUUUAUAGGCCAUUGUAAAGGAAAUAUAUGUCGUUGGAGAAUAACGGCUAGGACAACAGAAGAUGGAAAAACAGUCAGGGUUAACAAAAUAGUAAAGCCUCAUAAUUGUUCAUCAACAGCUGAAGUGGUCUCAAGCAUGGCAGAUCAAGCAUGGGUGGUAGAAAAGUCAAUUGGAAUACUUCGGACUGAACCAAAUAUAGGUGCUACUGAUCUCCAAAAAAGGUUAAAAGACGAGUACAAAGUUACUACUGGGUAUCAAACUGUUUGGAGGGCCAAAGAAAAGGCCAUGGAUAAAUUAUAUGGUACAUGGGGAGAGAGCUUUCAGAAUCUCUGGAACUUCAAAGCUGAGAUUGAGAAGAGAUCUCCGGGUAGCAUUGUAGAGGUUGAUGUGAAGAGUGAAGGAGGUAAAGUGUAUUUCUGCAGAUUUUUUAUGGCACUCAAGCCAAGCAUUGACGGAUUUUUGAAAGGUUGUAGACCAUAUGUUAGUAUAGACUCCACCUUCAUGAACGGAAAGUGGAAUGGUCAGUUAGCAGCAUGUACAGCUCUAGAUGGACAUAACUGGAUGUUUCCUUUGGCAUUUGGAUUCUUUGCUUCAGAGACUGAGGAUAAUUGGACUUGGUUUAUGCAACAAUUGCAUAGGGCAAUAGGACAUCUUCAAAAUCUAGCUAUUUGUACAGAUGCAUGCAAAGGCUUAGAGAAUGCAGUUAAAAAAGUUUUUCCUCAAGCUGAGCAGAGGGAAUGCUUUAGGCAUCUAAUGGAAAACUUCAAAAAAAAGUUUCAUGGAGACGUUUUUGGUCGGAUGUGGCCAGCAGCCAAGGCUUAUCGCGUAGAAACAUUUAACUACCAUAUGGCAAAGAUAUUUGAAGCUAAACCCGAGGUAGCUACCUACUUGAGUACUUAUCAUAACUUGAAGUGGAUGAGAUGUGACUUCAACACUGAAAUAAAGUGUGAUUACAUUCACAAUAACCUAGCUGAGAGCUUCAAUAGCUGGAUUAAAGGAAUGAAGGACCUUCCUCCGGAUGAGCUAGCUGACUCACUAAGAGAGAAAAUCAUGAAACUUUUUCAUAGGCGGAGAGAGGUUGGGAAAAUUCUCACUUGGAAAUAUACUACCUGCGAUCAUUCAACGAGAUAA